UGGUGGGAGGCUGAGCUGGUGGAAAAGGCGCCUGGAAGAGACUCAGAGGCGACCAUAAUGUCUUUACGUUUACACACACUGCCCACCCUGCCUGGAGUUGUCAGACCGGGCUGCAAGGAACUGCUGUGUUUGUUGGUUAUCACGGUGACUGUGAGCCGAGGCGCCUCCGGGGUGUGCCCCACCGCUUGCAUCUGUGCCACUGACAUCGUCAGCUGCACCAACAAAAAUCUGUCCAGGGUGCCUGGGAACCUUUUCAGGCUGAUCAAGAGACUGGAUCUGAGUUACAACAGAAUUGGGCUUCUGGAUUCUGAGUGGAUUCCAGUAUCGUUGGUAAAGCUGAACACACUCAUUAUUCGGCACAACAACAUCACGAGCAUUUCCACGGACAGUUUUUCCACCACUCCAAAUCUGAAGUGUCUUGACUUGUCAUCCAACAAGCUGAAGACCGUGAAAAGUGCAGUGUUCCAAGAGCUGAAGGUUCUGGAAGUGCUCCUGCUUUACAACAAUCACAUUUCCUAUCUGGAUCCUUCAGCGUUUGGAGGGCUCUCCCAACUGCAAAAACUGUACUUGAGUGGAAACUUUCUCACGCAGUUUCCCAUGGAUUUGUAUGUUGGAAGGUUCAAGCUGGCAGAACUGAUGUUUCUAGAUGUUUCUUAUAACCGGAUCUCCUCUCUGCCAAUGCAUCAUAUAAAUUUAGUGCCAGGAAAGCAACUGAGAGGUAUCUUCCUUCAUGGAAACCCCUUUGUCUGUGACUGUUCCCUCUACUCCUUGCUGAUCUUUUGGUACCGUAGGCACUUCAGCUCAGUGAUGGAUUUUAAGAAUGAUUAUACCUGUCGCCUGUGGUCUGACACUAGGCACUUCCAUCAGGUGCUUCUGCUCCAGGAUAGCUUCCUGAACUGCUCUGACAGUAUCAUCAAUGGUUCCUUCCGUGCCCUGGGCUUUGUUCACGAGGCUCAGGUCGGGGAAAGGCUGAUGGUCCACUGUGAUGGCAAGACUGGUAGGGCAAAUACCGAUUUCAUGUGGGUCUGUCCAGAUAACAGAGUGCUGGGGCCCGACAAAGAGAUGGAAAACUUCCAUGUGUUUCCCAAUGGAAGCCUGGUUAUAGAAAGUCCUCGUUUUGAGGAUGCUGGAGUGUAUUCCUGUGUUGCAAUGAAUCGACAACGUCUAAAUGAAACUGUGGAUGUCACAAUAAACAUGAGCAAUUUCACCAUAAACAAAUCCCAUGUGCACGAGGCAUUUAACACAGCUUUUACCACUCUUACAGCCUGCGUAGCCAGCAUUGUUUUGGUACUUCUGUACCUCUAUCUGACACCGUGUCCCUGCAAGUGUAAACCCAAGAGACGAAAAAAUAUGCUAAACCAAAGCAAUGUCCACGCAUCUAUUCUCACUCCCUGCCCUGAUAGCGAGGCCCCCACUGAUGAACGGAAGGCAGGGGCCGGGAAAAGAGUAGUGUUUUUGGAACCCCUGAAGGAUACUGCAACAGGGCAGAAUGGGAAGGUCAGGCUCUUUCCCAGUGAAACGGUCAUAGCUGAGGGCAUCUUAAAGUCCACGAGGGUGGAAUCCGACUCAGAUUCGGUCAAUUCAGUGUUUUCAGACACACCCUUUGUGGCGUCCACUUAAUUUUGUGCCUGCGUUUGUACUAUGUAGUGAUUGAAUCUCUUUAUACUCAACUUUGUGUGUGGUCUGCAAGAAUAAACAGCAGGGCAGAAAUGGGGUUGUUCUGUGUUUCAGAAAUAAAACCAAAGGGUCUCUUUCACUGGUUCAUAAGAAAUGUGGUAAAGCACUUAGGUUCAUGCCAGAGAAAGAUGGAGUUGUAUUUCAGAGCUUAAGUUCUAGAUAAUACCUUCAUCUUUAGCACCACUGAUAAUUUCAAAGCUGGCCUGGAGGCGACCUGACUGACAUUGUCCUUUCACUCAGGAUUCUUGAAAGAAAAGCUAAAUUUUAGGUAUUAGAGAUUUUUACUAACUUAUUGGGACCAAAGUUGAGUUAUGUUAAAGAAAAGUGUUCAUUUUUAAAAGAUGCAGAAGGAAGAACCAAGCAGCAGUUGUUUAUAAAGCACAAAGUAAAGUUAGAUUUGGGGAUACUGCAGUUCAUGUUAUCAUUGCAGACCAGAGUAAAUAGACAGUCCUGAUCAAAUUUGCUGAGCAGUGCCACAUCGCAUAUGGUGUUAGAGAAAUAGUACAGUAAAGGUGCAUUUGUUUGACUGUCUUCUUUCCAUUCUGUACAUCUCCUAUCCUUGUACAAAAGAUCUUAUUGAAAGUUUAAAGCCAUUAUUAUUUGUUGCCAUAAAUAUGUAGGUGUCAAUGCCAAAAUGUCUGAGUAACUUCUUCAGCCUUUGUUCUAGGAGACUAGUUAUUUGUCUAUAUGCUUGUGUGUGUAUAAGUCUCAAAUUAUAUGAACUGUUAAAGAGAUGCCACUAUAUUGUACUUUGGACAUUUGAAUUAAUGUAAAUACAUGUGUUCUGCGACUUGAUGUUCUGUUUUAUUUGGCUAUUUAAAAAUAUAAAUCUAAGAUGUUUUAUGUGAAAAAAAAUAAAAGGCAUUAGAAUCUUAACAUUGUGAAAUCUUAUAAACAAUGGAUAUUAGAUGAGUGAGGAGGCUGACAGUGGACCAUUCUUUCAAAGAAACAUUGACUGGAAAAGGUAGAGAGAAAAAAGUUCAGGUCAACUCAGUCACUCAGUCGUGUAGGACUCUUCAUGACUCUGUGAACUGCAGCACGCCAGGCUUCUCUGUCCAUCACCAACACAGGAGUUUUCUCAAACUCAUGUCCAUUGAGUCAGUGAUGCCAUGCAACCAUCUCAUCCUCUGUUGUCCCCUUCUCCUCCUGCCUUCAAUCUUUCCCAGCAUCAGGGUCUUUUCCAAUGAGUCAGUUCUUCACAUCAGGUGGCCAAAGUAUUGGAGUUUCAGCUUCAGAAUCAGUCCUUCCAAUGAAUAUUCAGGACUGAUUUCCUUUAGGAUGGACUGGUUGGAUCUCCUUGCAGUCCAAGGGACUCUCAAGAGCCUUCUCCAACACCACAGUUCAAAAGCAUCAGUUGUUGACACUCAGCUUUCUUUAUGGUCACACUCUCACAUCCAUACAUGACUACUGGAAAAAACCACAUCUUUGACUAAAUGGACCUUUGUCAGCAAAGUCUCUGCUUUUUAAUAUGCUAUCUUUGUUGGUCAUAGUUUUUCUUCCAGGGAACAAGCGUCUUUUAAUUUUAUGGCUGUGGUCACCAUCUGCAGUGAAUUUGGAGCCCAAGAAAAAAAGACCUGUCACUGUUUCCAUUGUUUCAACAUUUAUUGGCAAUAAAGUGAUGGGACCAGAUACCAUGCUCUUAGUUUUCUGAAUGUUUUUCCGAGUUUUAAGCCAGCUUCUUCACUCCCCUCUUUCACUUUCAUCAAGAGGCUCUUUGGUUCUUCAUUUUCUGCCACAAGGGGGGUGUCAUCUGCAUAUCUGAAGUUAUUGAUAUUUCUCCCAGCAAUCUUGAUUCCAGCUUGUGCUUCAUCCAGCCCAGCAGUUUGCAUGAUGUACUCUGCAUAUGUUAAAAAGCAGGGUGACAAUAUACAGCCAUGAUGAAUUCCUUUCCCAAUUUUUAACCAGUGCAUUGUCUCAUGUCCAGUUCUAAUUGCUGCCUCUUCAGCUGCAUACAGAUUUCUCAGGAGGCAGAUAACAUGAUCUGAUAUUCCAAUCUCUUGAAGAAUUUUCCACAGUUUGUUGUGAUCCACAGAGUCAAAGUCUUUGGAGUAGUCAACAAGUAGAAGUGGAUGUUUUCUGGAAUUUCCUUGUUUUUUCUAUGAUCCAGUGGGUAUUGGCAGUAUGACCUCUGGUUCCUCUGCCUUUUCGAAAUCCAGCUUGAACAUCUGGAAGUUUUUGGUUCACAUAGUGUUGAAGCCUUGCUUGGAGAAUUUUGAGCAUUACUUUACUAGCGUGCGAGAUGAGUGCAAUAGUGUGGUAGUUUGAGCAUUCUUUGGCAUUGCCUUUCUUUGGGAUUGGAAUGAAAACUGACAUUUUGCAGUCUUCUGGCCACUGCUGAGUUUUCCAGAUUUGCCAACAUAUUGAGCGAAGCACUUUCUCAGCAUUGUCUUUUAGGGUUUGAAAUAGCUCAACUGGAAUUCCAUCACCUCCACUAUCUUUGUUCGUACUGAUACUUCCUAAGGCCCACUUUGCAUUCCAGGAUGUAUGGCUCUAGGUGAGUAAUCACACCAUCGUGGUUAUCUGGCUCAGGAACAUCUUUUUUGUAUAGUUCUUCAGUGUAUUCUUGCUACCUCUUCUUAAUAUCUUUUGCUUCUGUCAGGUCCUUACUAUUUCUGUCCUUUAUUUUGCCCAUCUUUGGAUGAAAUAAUCCCUUGGUAUCUCUAAUUUUCCUGAAGAGAUGUCUUUCCCAUUCUAUUAUUAUUUUUCCUCUAUUUCUUUGCACUGACCUCUUAGGAAGGCUUUCUUAUCUCUCCUUGCUAUUCUUUGGAACUCUGCAUUCAGAUGGGUAUAACUUUCCUUUUCUCCUUUACCUUUAGCUGCUCUUCCAUUCUUAGCUAUUUGUAAGGCCGCCACAGACGAUUUUGCCUUUUUGACUUUCUUUUUCUUGAGGAUGGUCUUGAUCACUGCCUCCUGUACAAUGUCAGGAAACUCCAUUCAUAGUUGUUCAGGCACUCUGUCUAUCAGAUCUAAUCUCCUGAAUCUAUUUGUCACUUCCAGUGUAUAAUCUUAAGGGAUUUGAUUAGGUCAUACCUGAAUGGUCUAGUGGUUUUCCAUACUUUCUUCAAUUUAAGUCUGAAUUUUCCAGUAAGGAGUUCAUGAUCUGAUGCCAGAGUCAGCUCCCGGUCUUGUUUUUGCUGACUGUAUGCAGUUUCUCUAUCUUAGACUGCAAAUAAUAUAAUCAAUCUGAUUUCAGUGUUGACCAUCUGGUGAUGUCCAUGUGCAGAGUCGUCUCUUGUGUUGUUGGAAGAGGGUGUUUCCUAUGACCAGUGUGUUCUCUUGGCAAAUUCUGUUAGCCUUUGCCCUGCUUCACUUUGUACUCCAAGGCCAAACUUGCCUGUUACUCCAGGUAUCUCUUGACUUCCUACUUUUGCAUCCCAGUCCCCUUGAUGAAAAUGACAUCUUAUUAUGGUGUUAGCUCUAGAAGGUGUUAGUUCCAAAAUUCUGGUGUUAGUUCCAAAACUGCAACGCACUGUUGAACAACCAUCAGCAGGAGAAUGUUGGAUCCCACCAAAAAAGAUACCUCACAUCCAAGGGCAAAGGAAAAGCCCCAACAAGAUGGUAGGAGGGUCGAAAUCAUCUUUAGAAUCAAACCCCAUACCCACCAGAGACACUCAGAGGGCUCAAAAGAAACCUUGUGUGAAUCAGGAUCCAGAGACCCCACAGAGAUUGAGCCAA